AUGCUGCACACUCUAACACCACCACCACCACCGCAGCCGCAGCCGCAAUCACCACAAGUUGAGAUCCCUGUCUGCUCGCAUGUAUCUCUAGAAGUGCACAAGAGCAGCAACAACCACAACAACAGCCAAAACUCCCAACACCAACAUCUUCUUCACUACAGCAACAAUAGCAACAAUAAUACUAACAACAACAACAACAACCAGGACGAUGUGGAAGAAGAGGAUGAUGCGAUAACGCUUGUGCCAACAGAGGACGGCAGUGAUACAGAGACAUGCUCCACACGCACAGUGCCCGUUUCGGAUGUGGAGGCGGUGGACUCCAACGACGGCGCUGCGCACAACUCGCAGGGAACACACCGGCCAACAACAACAACAAUUAUGAGUAAACCACCACGACCGUCAAAGUCUUCGAACUUUGUGGUUCGGCUAACACACAGUGAAGUGGCAAUGGACUCAAAGUCAACAAUUACGGCAGAAGAAGAAGAAGAAAAUGAUAAUGAUAAUGUGAUGAGUUUUCCAAUGAUAUUUUCCUCUUGGGAGGCACUCGGAAUGAUGCCUCCAUCACCUGUUGUACAUCAUCGGCUGCGUCCGUUAACAGGUGAAGCUUGGUCUGCUGCUUGUGUUAAUGAAAGUGUUGGUGCCAAUGCUGAAGUACUGCCGCCGCGCAUUACUUGUGUCUAUCAAGUUGGUCGAAGUGAUAUUCCACUUGUAUUGCGAAGUAGAUCUGAGGAGAGUAUGCAUAAAUGCAUCUCACGUGUACAUGUGGUGGUGAGACUGCACUUUCAGUUAUCAAAGACUUCCCCCACUCAAAAAGAAGAAAAUAACCAUUUACAACGUAAUUCAAUCUACAAAUUGACUUCUUUUGAUAUUCUUGAUUCUUCUUCAAGUAAUGGUACUUUUUACCAAACAGUGAGAUUGUUCCCAUCACAUCGUUACAGUUUCCCAGUGAAAGAUGACCUUACUCACGUAGAGCUUCGUCUGGGGGACUACUAUCAAUUCAGCAUUCAUAUAGGAAACAAUCCUCUUUUACUUCAAAAAGAACCAGGAACACUUUGUAAUUCUGAAAAGAAUAUUGAAAAAAUAGAUAUUGGAGUGCAGUGUUUGUCGUUAUCUAAUUUAGAAGAAAUAAAUGCAACACGUGGGCAUCCACCACGUGCAUUACAAACGAAACAAACCACCGUUACUUCUGCUCCUGGUUAUGGUAAUAGUAUUAGUACUACAACUAGUCGUAGUCAUAGUAGUCGUAGUGCUACUUCCUCUGGGCGAGCUAAAAAGGGAAAUUCACGAAGAAAACAAAUAAAAUUUGAGGAAGAAAGGCGGUUACCAUAUAUUAAUUCAAACGGAAAUCAUACGAAUAUUAAUGAAACCGCUGCUGAGCCCUGUACAACAGAAGAUGGUAAGAUAACAAUUGUUACAACUGGUAUUCGUUUAUCAAGAGCUAAAGAGAAAAAACUACAGAGUAUGAACAUUAUAGUAAAUCCUCCCAUGUCCGACUUCUCUCGUGCGGAGUUAUUGGUGAUUGAUGGUCCACUCAUACGAAGUGUGAAACUCAUGACUGCACUGCCGUAUGUACAGCGACUGGUACACCGCACGUGGUUAGACGCUGUUCUUGCCUCAUCCCUGCAGUCUGUCGACGUGGCGGCUUAUCACUAUGCGGAGCCACGCACACACUCUAGCAUUGAAGGUGUGAAUGACUUUUCUCUCAUGACUCUUAUGCAAAUACCACGGGAACGACGACAGUUACUUUUCGCCGGUUGUAUUUUUUGGGUUCACCCGCAAGCACAACCGCAGCAAUCACCCGAUAAUGAUCUCCGCUAUGUGAUUCUCGCCUCCGGUGGCUCUCUCACAUUUAAUACGAUGGAGGCAACCGUUGCGGUGAUGCCGCGAGUAGAUGUGACGAAGGCGAUGUGGCGUUACGCUGCGGAAUGUCCAGAGGAGCCGCAGUGCAUUUUUGUUAUUCCUAAUGAUAUCUUUCGCGGUGUAUUGCAGCAGCGGCGAUUGGUGGAAUCCACAGUACGGCGUCCACGAGGAAGUAGUGUGCUGCCGCCACGUCUGUCCACAUCACUAUCCGCAACAAGAGGCGUAAGCGAAGGGAUUGGGAAUAAGCGUCAGCAGGACGAAAUAGAGACCCCUUCACAAAAUUCAAAGAGAGGACGUAGAUGA